AUCAAGUUUUUACUCGCGUUCGUCGUAAUAUACAGUAUAGCAGUCAUCGAGAUUUGUUCAGUAUCUAAAGGGAAGAUUUGUCGAGUGUCCAUACUGUACAUACUUGUUGUAUACAUUAUGAUGAUCGGGUAUUAAGUUUGUUUGCAGAUCUGCGGUCCCCCAGAUUGUGUUGUUCAUAAAGGACCGGUGCUAGUCCUAUCCUUGACCUUUGGGCUGUGCCGUACAUACAUCAUGGCUUGUCUUCAUUGAGUGAAGAAGGAGAAGGGAAUGGCUGGAACAAUGGAGAAAGAUCGAUACUUUUGCCCAAAUGCAAAUCACGGGCACUCGCUGACUCAGCCCCCUUCUCCUCCAAUUUUCAAUUUCGGCUCUUGAUUUACACAGUUUCUUCCCAACUAUCAUCUUCCACUAAAGGCUCUUCGUCUUCAUCCACGCAAAAAUGGCUUCGCAUUUGGCCAACAUCUUUGGUACCGAGCAAGACCGCGUCAAUUGUUCCUUCUACUACAAAAUCGGCGCCUGCAGACAUGGGGACAGAUGUUCCCGAAAACACAUCCGUCCGCCGUUUUCCCAGACAAUUCUCCUUCCGAACGUCUACCACAACCCUGCCCAUGAUCCCGUCUGCAAAUUGAAUGAGAAGGAACUUCAGGAAGGAUUCGAUGCGGUGUACGAAGAUCUUUAUAUCGAGCUGGCAAAAUUUGGGCAUUUGUUGGAACUACAUGUGUGUGACAACGUCGGUGAUCAUCUCAUCGGGAACGUAUACGCGCGUUAUGAGUGGGAGACAGAAGCUCAAGCUGCUGUUGAUAAUUUGAAUGACCGGUGGUAUGCAGGUCGCCCAUUGUACGCAGAACUUUCCCCCGUCACAGACUUCCGCGAAUCUUGUUGCCGGCAGAACGAGAACGGAGAAUGCAACCGAGGAGGGUUCUGUAACUUCAUGCAUCUUCGACUCGCUUCAAAAGACCUAGUAUCGCAACUCCGGGCUGGUCAGCGCCUCGAGCGUAAACUGAACCCACCAGCAGCCCAAGGAGGAGGCGGAUGGGAACCUGGGAAAAGGGAGGGCAGAGCAAGAAGUGCUAGCCCAAAACGUGGUGGAAAUGGAGAAGACAGAUGGACGAGGAAGUAAAACGAGUU